AUGCGCAAAACUCUGGACCCAGAUCCAUCCGUAAGACGUCCAGGUAUGGGAGCUCAGUCAGAGUAGAAUGCUUGUUCAUUUAAAACACUCAUGCCCUGAUCAGUCAUAGAAGCUAUAAACAUAUACUAUGAUAUAUAUACUUGCGCAUUUAUGUAAAAUGUCCCAGUGCUUGACUGGAAUGUUCAUAUUUCCCUCUUCCAGCUGAAAAGUUUCUUGAGUCAGUUGAAGGGAACCAGAAUUACCCAAUAUUGCUGCUUACAUUGUUGGAGAAAUCCCAAGACAAUGUGAUCCGGGUGUGUGCAGCUGUCACCUUCAAAAAUUACAUCAAGAGGAACUGGCGCAUAGUAAGUUAGUGGUGAUGGCCUGAAUAUUGGAACAAAUGUUAUGGGUUGUGCAAGUAUUGUUGGCCCAAUGUUGGCAUGACAAGUGUUACUUUGUAUUGUUAUGUCUCUUUCAGAUUGAAGAUGAACCAAACAAAAUCUCGGAUCCGGACCGAACCACUAUCAAGGCCAACAUUGUAAAUUUGAUGCUGAGCAGCCCUGAACAGAUUCAGAAACAGGUAUGUCUUCACAAGAGUUGAGACCUGUUACCUGUUCAUCUACUCUACAUCAAAGUCAGUGGGCUGGUGCUUGUUUGAAAUACUUUCAUAGGAGGUUCUUGGAAUCCAUGAGUUCACAAUCCUUUAGGAUAAUCCAUGUAUACAAUCAAAAGGGAGAUUUGUAGAGAUGGUUCAGUUUUUCUGUAGUAUUUACUGUUCUUCUACAGUUGAGUGAUGCCAUCAGCAUCAUCGGCAGAGAGGACUUCCCUCUGAAGUGGCCAGACCUCCUGACAGAGAUGGUGACCCGCUUCCAGAGCGGAGACUUCCACAUAAUCAACGGAGUGCUCCGGACCGCACACUCACUUUUCAAGAGGUACACCACCAUGAGCAUGACACGGUGUCAUAGUAAAUCAUGUAUUUGUGGUUAGUUUUGAAAUAUGUUAACACUGAUCAUCUGUUUUCCCAGGUAUCGACAUGAGUUUAAGUCAAAUGAGCUGUGGCUGGAGAUUAAACUGGUGUUGGACACAUUUGCGAAUCCGCUGACUGAACUCUUCAAGGUUAGUGGUGGAUUGGUUUCAGAGUUAAUCAACUCUAACAAUUGAAAUGUAUUUCAAGUAAAAACAACAGGUCUGGAAGUUGGUGCUGCCCGUCCCUUGCUUUUACUUUUGUAGGACCUUAAUUAUUUAGACAUGGGAAGUCAUUGUCUGCUAUUCAUGUCUAUUGUUUCUUUCAGGCCACGAUUGAGCUGUGUCAGACCCAUGCGAAGGACAUCAACGCUUUGAAGAUCCUCUUCUCGUCCCUUACUCUGAUCUCAAAGCUUUUCUACAGUCUCAACUUCCAGGUGUGUGUCCCCUGCCUCUUACCUGCUUUAUGCCCACAAGGAUUUACUGCAUUUAAAUGUGCUGCUUUUUCACUGGAGUUAUCUCAUUCUUCCAUCUUUGUCUCUGCCUUCACAGGACCUUCCAGAGUUCUUUGAGGACAACAUGGAGACCUGGAUGUCUAAUUUCCAUAACUUGUUGACCUUGGAUAACAAGCUACUACAAACAGAUGUGAGUGGACGUGGUGAAUAACAGCACUGUAGGAUGUUCAAUUGGUUAUUAAUGCAUCAGUUGAUUCAACUUGUGAUACUGUCUUGUCUUUUCCACCUAACAGGAUGAAGAGGAGGCAGGUCUUCUGGAGCUGCUCAAGUCUCAGAUCUGUGACAACGCUGCUCUGUACGCCCAGAAGUACGAUGAAGAGUUCCAGCCUUACCUGCCUCGGUUUGUCACCGCUAUCUGGAACCUGCUGGUCUCCACUGGCCAGGAGGUCAAGUAUGACCUGGUGAGACUGCUGAUAAUACAUUAAUGUAGCUUAUCAAUAGAUCAUGUUGACCACCUGCUAAUACGUUUGCUCCUUUUUUGUUUGCGACAUAGCUUGUGAGCAAUGCUAUUCAGUUCCUGGCAUCUGUGUGUGAAAGGCCCCACUACAAGCAUCUGUUUGAGGACCAGAACACACUCACCAGCAUCUGUGAGAAGGUCAUUGUGCCCAACAUGGAGUUCCGAAGUGAGUUGAGACUGAAACAGUAUCUUGGGGAUAAAUGGCUACAUGACUAUAUUGUUUCUGCUCUUGCCAUUGUACGUUAAUGGCAGCGAUUUGAUAAUGGUCUCUGAUACUGAUGCAUAGAUGUCUGUCUCCAGGUGCUGAUGAGGAGGCCUUUGAGGAUAACUCUGAGGAAUAUAUCCGAAGAGAUCUUGAAGGAUCAGGUAAUAAAAAAAUUUACAUUUACAUUUUAGUCAUUUAGCAGACGCUCUUAUCCAGAGCGACUUACAGUUAGUGAGUGCAUACAUGUUAACCCCCCCAUUUUAAAACUCAACAAGAUCAAAAUUGAACUGGAGGAUUGUUGAAGUAUAGGUGUUCAAGGUACACUGAUGUUGACCCCUCGGUUCUGUCUCCUUCCUGCAGACAUAGACACUCGGCGCAGGGCUGCCUGUGACUUGGUGAGAGGCCUUUGUAAGUUCUUUGAGGGCCCGGUCACAGCCAUCUUUUCUGGCUAUGUCAACUCCAUGCUCGGGGAGUAUGCCAAGAACCCAGGGGUGAACUGGAAGCACAAAGACGCUGCCAUCUACCUGGUCACAUCUCUGGCCUCUAAAGCCCAGACAGCGAAGGUAUGGUUUCAGGUCAUUAUGCCUAUCGUGUUUGGGUGUGUUUGUGUAACAUCUGAUGGGUUAUAAAUAUUAUUGCAGGAGAGACAUUGAGCAAAUUACAUUGACUCAUGCAAAAUGUUUCUUUUUCAGUAUGGUAUCACGCAAGCUAACGAGUUGGUGAACCUCACAGAAUUCUUUGUGAACCACAUUCUCACAGACCUCAAAUCCCAAAACGGUAAAUAUAAAGUUAAACCGAGAACCAAACGAUUAAUGAAUUCACCAUCACAGCUGUGGAUUGCUUUAUACAGUUGAAGUCGCAAGUUUACAUUAAAAAUUGUUUUUCAACCACUCCACAAAUGUCUUGUUUACAAACUAUAGUUUUGGCAUGUCGGUUAGGACAUCUACUUUGUGUAUGACACAAGUAAUUUUUCCAACAAUUGUUUACAGACAGAUUAUUUCACUUAUAAUUCACUGUAUCACAAUUCCAGUAGGUCAGAAGUUUAUAUACACAUUAAGUUGACUGUGCCUUUAAACAUCUUGGAAAAUUCCAAAAAAUUAUGUCAUGGCUUUAGAAGCUUCUGAUAGACUAAUUGACAUAAUUUGAGUCAAUUGGAGGUGUACUUGUGGAUGUAUUUCAAGGCCUACCUUCAAACCCAGUGCCUCUUUGCUUGACAUCAUGGGAAAAUCAAAAGAAAUCAGCCAAGACGUCAGAAAAUAAUUUGUAGACCUCCACAAGUCUGGUUCAUCCUUGGGAGCAAUUUCCAAAUGCCUGAAGGUACCACGUUCAUCUGUACAAACAAUAGUACGCAAGUAUAAACACCAUGGGACCACGCAGCCGUCAUACCGCUCAGGAAGGAGACGCGUUCUGUUUCCUAGAGAUGAACGUACUUUGAACAACAGCAAAGGACCUUGUGAAGAUGCUGGAUGAAACAGGUACAAAAGUAUCUAUAUCCACAGUAAAACGAGUCCUAUAUCGACAACCUGAUAGGCCGCUCAGCAAGGAAGAAGCCACUGCUCCAAAACCGCCAUAAAAAAGCCAGACUACGGUUUGCAACUGCACAUGGGGACAAAGAUUGUACUUUUUGGAGAAAUGUCCUCUGGUCUGAUGAAACAAAAAUAGAACUGUUAGGCCAUAAUGACCAUCGUUAUGUUUGGAGGAAAAAGGGGGCAGCUUGCAAGCCGAAGAACACCAUCCCAACCGUGAAGCACGGGGGUGGCAGCAUCAUGCUGUGGGGGUUCUUUGCUGCAGGAGGGACUGGCAUCAUGAGGAAGGAAAUGUAUGUGGAUAUAUUGAAGCAACAUCUCAAGACAUCAGUCAGGAAGUUAAAGCUUGGUCGCAAAUGGGUCUUCCAAAUGGACAAUGACCCCAAGCAUACUUCCAAAGUUGUGGCAAAAUGGCUUAAGGACAACAAAUUCAAGGUAUUGGAGUGGCCAUCACAAAGCCCUGACCUCAAUCCUAUAGAAAAUUUGUGGGCAGAACUGAAAAAGCAUGUGCGAGCAAGGAGGCCUACAAACCUGACUCAGUUCCACCAGCUCUGUCAGGAGGAAUGGGCCAUAAUUCCCCCAACUUAUUGUGGGAAGCUUGUGGAAGGCUACCCAAAACAUUUGACCCAAGUUAAACAAUUUAAUGGCAAUGCUACCAAAAUACUAAUUGAGUGUAUGUAAACUUCUGACCCACUGGGAAUGUGAUGAAAGAAAUACAAGCAGAAAUAAAUCAUUCUCUCUACUAUUAUUCUGACAUUUCACAUUCUUAAAAUAAAGUGGUGAUCCUAACUGACCUAAGACAGGGAAUUUUUACUAGGAUUAAAUGUCAGGAAUUGUGAAAAACUGAGUUUAAAUGUAUUUGGCGAAGGUGUAUGUAAACUUCCGACUUCAACUGUAGCUACACUUUUAUAAAAACAUGUUUACUCUCUUCUAUUCUAGUCAAUGAGUUCCCAGUGUUGAAGGCUGAUGCCAUCAAAUAUGUCAUGAUCUUCAGGAGUCAGGUAUGAUUUUGUAUUCUCUACCCUCUGAAACUUCACUGUCACGAGUUCAGCCCAUUUACUAAGGGUUAAAAUCAAUGCUUGCAGGGGCCUGUGAAUAAGCAGUCCUCCUCUGUCCCCUCUUGUCUUCCAGCUGCCCAAAGAGCUGCUGCUGCAGGCUGUCCCUCUGCUGGUGGCCCACCUGCAGGCAGAGAGCACAGUAGAGCACACCUACGCUGCCCACGCACUGGAGAGACUAUUCACCAUGAGGGGCCCCAACAACUCCACUCUGUGAGUAGUAAGCCAGCUACACUUAGAACUAAAUGUAGACUUCAUCUUUUUCAACACCACUCUACACAAAUAUAAUCAACUAUACAUCUCAUCCAUUUUAGUUUGUCUGUUAAUAAAACUUUGGUCAUUACCAAUAACCUUAGUUUGUAACUUUUGGUGCCUCAUAUCAGUAGUGAUUAAUCAUCUGUCAUCAUGUGUUUCAGUAUCACUCCUGCAGAGAUGGUCCCCUUCACAGAACAGCUGCUACACAACCUGUUCAAGGCCCUGGCUCUGCCUGGCUCCUCAGAGAACGAAUAUAUCAUGAAAGGUACUGGGGUUUGAGGGUAAAAUGCUCUGCUAAUAACUUCUAUGGCUUUCAUUAUAUUUUUAGCUAUCCGUCCUUUUGCUUAAUGUCGUCACGGAGGACCUAAUGUCACCUUCCUUUUAAGGUUGUGGACAUUAUUUUUCAGUGUGUACUGAUCCUUGUCUUCUACCCUGACAUCUCCUUCAUUCUCUUCCAGCCAUCAUGCGCAGCUUCUCCCUCCUGCAGGAGGCCAUUGUUCCUUACAUCCCCACUCUGAUUGGCCAGCUCACUCACAAGCUCCUGCUGGUCAGCAAGGUAGGUUACACACUCAUAUCUUGUCUGCGUUGCUGUGGAUGCAUGUACACAUGAGCUGACUUGCAUUGUGUCUAAAGGCGUACGAAUAUAUAGGUUCGGUUUGCUCCUAGCAGAACUCUGCUAGGCGAAGUGAACGUCUGUGCUCGCAUACUCCCUUAUAAUACCUUCACUUGAAAAACGAAAAAAGAGGCAAUAUUACGGUUUGAACCUCUUGACGCUGUAGCUAGUACACUUCCUAAAACUCAUCUGAAUUUAUCUAGGAUAACUCAAGAAAUCUGUUAUUUUUAUGCUUUUGUCGAGGAGGUCUUAGUCACCGACAAAGGGGCGUAGACUUCGACUACCGAACUUCAGCUUGCCUCAAGGAAAAAUGGUGUGCUCUUUGCCGAACACCAAAACCUCACAAUUUCGUCAUGUGCAAACUGUUUAGACUGGGAAGCAUACGGUAAGCUUAAAGCCAGACUCGGUCAGUCCCAAAUAAAAUCACAUUUUUUUCUGGUUUAAUAUACUGAACAAAAAUAUAAACUCAACAAUUUUACUGAGUUACAGUUCAUAUAAGGAAAUCGGUCUAUUUAAAUAAAUACAUUGGGCCCUAAUCUAUGGAUUUCACAUGACUGGGCAGGGGCGCAGCCAAUCAGAAUUCGUUUUUACCCCCACAAAAGGGCUUUAUUAAAGACCGAAAUACACCCGUUUCAUCAGCUGUCCAGGUGGCUGGUCUCAGACGAUCCCGCAGGUGAAGAAGCCAGAUGCGGAGGUCCUGGGCUGGUGUGGUUACACGUGGUCUGCAGUUGUGAGGCCGGUUGGACGUACUGCCAAAUUCUCUAAAACAACGUUAUGGUAACAUUUAAUUAUCUGGCAACAGCUCUGGUGGACAUUCUUGCUGUGAACAUGCCAAUUGCACGCUCCCUCAACUUGAGACAACUGCACAUUUUAGAGUGGCCAUUUAUUGUCCCCAGCACAAGGUGCACCGGUUUAAUUAUCAUGCUGUUUAAUCAGCUUCUUGAUAUGCCACACCUGUCAGGUGGAUGGAUUAUCUUGGCAAAGGAGAAAUGUUCACUAACAGGGAUGUAAACAAAUUAGUGCACACAUUUUGAGAGAAAUAAGCUUUUUGUGCGUAUGGAAAAAUUCUGGGAUCUUUUAUUUCAGCUCAUGAAACAUGGGACCAACACUUUACAUGUUGCGCUUAUAUUUUUGUUCAGUGUAUAUAUCUUAAUCUAUAGAUGAAAGAUUCAUUUGUCAUUUGGGUUACUUCAAAGCUCUGCUACUGGUAAGUUAAGCUAGCUAAUUUAGCUGGCUAGCAAACCGAUAGAUCCACACACGCAUUGCUUGAAAAUGUGUAUAGCCUACAGACAUAAACGUUCAUGCACUUGCAAACUUUGCUGGAGUUGCUAGCUGGCUAAUUGUUUUCCUCUUGGAUGUUGUUUACUAUUGCAACCUUUUGAUGACACAUUUAUUUUAUAAUUCAACCCUGCUAUAAUUUCUGAGGGUAGACUUUUCCAGGCAAGUGUUUGCACUGCAAGAAAUCAAGCAGAUAAUGGCACUACGAUAACUGCACUACCAUUGCACCGCAGUAGGCGGCCUAUAUUGUUGAACUUGUCUAUGUAAAUUUGAAUUACGUUUUACUGCUGUAAGUUCGUAGUUGACUCCACUUGUAAAUUGUAAUUUGUAUUAUAUAGUUACUGUAUUAUACAAUUUACAAGUGAAGUCAGCUAUGAAUGUUACUGAGUAGAGUGUUACUUUGUUUUGUUUUGUUUUACCCCAUAUGUAACUCUGUUGUUUUUAUCGCACUGCUUUGCUUUAUCUUGGCCAGGUCGCAGUUGUAAAUGAGAACUUGUUCUCAACUGGUUUACCUGGUUAAAUAAAGGUGAAAUAAAAAAUAAAUAAAAAAAGAGUAGCUUACAUGCUUGUUGUAGGCUACAAGCAAAUCAGAACUCCAGCUGUCUGAUACUGACUGAUUGAAGGGUGGCUGGCCCAGCGGCCGCUUUGAGUACUUCAAGAUGGAGCACGUUAUGACGUCUUGCCUGGGUUUGUUUUGUCGCACCGACAGUUUAACAUUUCAUUAACACAAAUUACCUAAAUGAGACUUAGUCUGGCUUUAAGGGGCCGCUGUAUUUACUAGUGAUGGGGGGGAUCGAUAGUUGCAUAUCGGGAUAUUCUUUUUUGACAUGAUUGCAAUAUAAUUUUUGCACUACUUGGCUGUACCUGUGCACCAAAACCAGUAUUUUUCCUUCAUAGCUUGUUCUCCAGCUUUUUAAAUAGGGAGCCAAUUAGUUUUUAGCACUUUUAUUUCCAUGACUGAUCAGAACUAGUUUUCUCAUGGGUCUCUCUUGUCCCUCUGCAGAGCAGAAAUAUGGUGAGCAAUAUGUUUGGAACAUUGAAUCGCAAUAAAAUCGCAGUAUCGAAUUGCAAUACAUAUUGUGUCGGCACCUAAGUACUGUGAUAUCGUAUUGUGAGGUCCCUGGCAAUUCCCAGCCCUAGUAUUUACCUGUGUCAUGUUUCUUCCAGAACCCCAGCAAGCCUCACUUUAACCACUACCUGUUUGAGUCCCUGUGCCUGUCCAUCCGGAUCACCUGCAAGGCCAACCCUACCACCGUGGGCAGCUUCGAGGAGGCCCUCUUCCCAGUCUUCACUGAGAUCCUACAGAAUGAUGUACAGGGUAUGUGGCUGUACCCUAGAAGGCAGCAGGUUACAGAAGUCCAUGUUAAGCAUAAGAUACCCAUCUGACUAGAACAGGCCUAGGAAACUGAGUAGAAGGUGAAUGAAGGGGUUGAAUAGCCAUCCUCUGAAUCGCAUGGAUGCAAUGUUGACAAGCUUGAAUGUUGGCAAACUACACAUUGCCCUUCUUACGUCAACUGUCGCUCUUCCUGUUGCAGAGUUUGUGCCGUACGUGUUCCAGGUGAUGUCCCUGCUUCUGGAGAUCCACACCUGCUCCAUCCCCAACUCCUACAUGACCCUUUUCCCCCACCUGCUGCAGCCCGUGCUGUGGGAACGCACUGGCAACAUUCCCCCUCUGGUGCGCCUGCUUCAGGCCUAUCUGGAGAAGGGAGGCGCCACCAUAGCCAGCUCUGCUGCUGACAAAAUAGUGAGUUACAGCUGGGGGUAUGUUGAUGGUAAGAUGACUCUUGCUGUAAUAAGCGGACUCUUACUGAACUUUUCUGUAACCUACCAGUCUUAAUUUAACUGUUGAUUGGUGAAAUUAGUUAGUUGUGAUAAUCUGACGUUAAAGAGCUCUCCCUGUACAGCCUGGCCUGCUAGGAGUCUUCCAGAAGCUCAUAGCCUCCAAGGCCAAUGACCACCAAGGUUUCUACCUGAUGAACAGCAUCAUAGAGCACAUGCCCACGUGAGUCAACCACCGCCACCUGUCUGUCUGCUAACGGUGGACUUUGUAUGUAAUUGACAUGGGGGCUGUAUCAUGAGUUUAUUUGUUCACUCACGCUCUCUCAGGGAGUCCAUUGUUCAGUACCGGAAACAGAUCUUCAUCCUGCUCUUCCAGAGACUGCAGAGCUCCAAAACCACCAAGUUCAUCAAGAGUGAGUAUAGCUUAACAUUUUUUGGGCAUGUUUAUUUAAAGUACAAUUGAAACUGCACCCACAUCCUCUUUGUCAUGCUAGCACAACAGGAGUGUGUAGGGUUAUAUUAGCCUAGUUUUAGAAUGAGCUCUGUGUGGCUCUGAUCUCUCAGUGCUGCACGUUUUCACAGGCCCUCCUAUUUUCCACAGGUUUCAUGGUGUUUAUCAAUCUGUAUGGUGUCAAGUACGGAGCCAUUGCUCUGCAGGAGAUUUUUGACAGCAUACAGCCAAAGUAAGUAUCCCUUGUCAGAUUAAAUUAAACUGACCUUUGAUGUGUUUGAUUCUGUCGAGGUCCGUUAGUGUAGCCUUGGAGCUGAGUGUGCAGAUGACUCAUUUGCAUUAAUCUGCUCACUGCAGACAAGCCAGUCAGUUGUCCCUUUUGGCUUUUAAAGGCCAACCAUGUCCUCUUACUGCAUUACACACACUUUCAGAUACAUGCAUGUUAGGAUGAGCCUGGAAGUUGUAUCAUAUUCCAUAUUAUAGUCCUUACUGAAUCUGAUGAUAAAAGAUAAGAACCAUGUGGAAAGGUAUUCUCAGUGCUGGGUCUUCUCUCUCUUGUAGGAUGUUUGGCAUGGUGCUGGAGAAGAUAGUCAUUCCAGAGGUGCAGAAAGUGUCUGGACCAGUGGAGAAGAAGAUCUGUGCUGUGGGCAUCACCAAGAUCCUCACUGAGUGCCCUGUCAUGAUGGACACUGAGUACACCAAACUCUGGUGAGAAACUGUCCUGGAGUAUUAUUACACUUUGCAGUGUUUUUACCAAAUGAAUGGCCUGCUAAAUUGUUUGUUAUUCUUUAGGACCCCCCUGCUCCAGGCCUUGAUUGGUCUGUUUGAGCUACCAGAGGAUGACAGCAUCCCUGACGACGAGCACUUCAUUGACAUAGAGGACACGCCCGGUUACCAGACUGCUUUCUCCCAGCUGGCCUUUGCUGGGAAGAAGGAGCAUGACCCAAUCAGAGAGGUGGUCAGCAACCCCAAGAUCCUGCUAGCUCAGUCUCUCCACAAGCUCUCUACUGCAUGUCCUGGACGGGUAAGUUGAUAUAUUGAAAUGCACUAAUACUAGGCUAUAUUAGAGGCAGUGGGCCUCUUGACUAAAUCACUGCUUAUAACAGGAACAACUAUACAGCAAGGCUCCAAGAGAUAGCUAACGCUAGCUAGCAAGGUAUUUAUAUUCACGUCCAUCUUGUUCCAAUCUUCUACUCGCUUCAUAUGAUUGUCGGUCAGUUUAAGCAAAACAACAUGGCAUAAAAGUUAAGCACCAACUCUGUGUCUUUGGUUAGUGUCUGCUCUGAGAUUGGAUGGUUGGCGGUUCGGUACCCGGUCGAGUCCUACCAAAGACUCUAAAAAUGGGACCCAAUGCCUCUGUUUGACACUCAGAAUUAAGGAGUUGGAUAGGGGGUAAGGCCUUGUGACCGACUAGUGUUCUUUCAAAUGGUUGUACUUGCCCAACAAACUGCCUCACACUACAGACACAGGAGAUGGGCUCCUGUCCUAUGGUCCAUUCUGUCUCGGACAAAGCUUACUUAUAAAAGUGAAGCCCCAGCCGACUGAGAGCAAGCCACCAAGCAUAGCAUUGAAGGCGCUCUAGCGCAGCGUAGAUGGUGUGCGGCCCCAGAAAAAGCAGAGCAGGGAGAAGUGUACAACAUUUUGGCUCCUAGAUUGCCAAUGCCUCCCUGAAUAAUUUUUCUUUGACUACUAUAGAUGCUUUCAGUAGUAGACGGCAACUGAGUGAAUCUCUCCUGUUCUCCUCCCAUGGCAGGUCCCCUCUAUGCUGAGCGCCAGCCUGAAUGCUGAGGCCCUCCAGUACCUGCAGGGCUACCUCCAGGCUGCCUCUGUACAGCUAGUGUGA